GACGGGAGACACGCUCGUCAUACCCAUCUACAUCGGCCUCUUCUCUGCCCUCGGGCUGGCCAGUCUUGCGUUGCGGGAAUCAUGGGACGAGUCCAAAAGGCCCUCAGCGACACCACAAGACACCACCCAUUUCGGCACAACCCUUGCUGAUCACGUUGGGCGCACAGGGGGGGCUACAGCUUUCUUUUUGAAGCUUGCCAGACUCUUGGGAUGUUUUCUUCUGCUGGGGAUGUCCACGGCGUCGGCAGUGUUAGGGGAUCCAGAAGGGGAGAGGACGCGGACUGGAUCAGGUCCUCCGCUCGGACUGAAGGGCGCGCUGUGCGGUGUAUAUGCGUAUGCUGCCCUGUUGGCCUCGGCGGUGAUGUCCACCGAUGACGCCAAAAGUCGGACUGCAGCACGACACGUUAACAUUGUUCUGUGCUCGGCAUUCUGCGUUUACGUGUACCGGGAUCUCUUCCCCCUGGCCACGUUCUCUCUGCAGCCGAAGGAUAUGUGGGAAGGGCAGCUUUUGUGGCCCCAGAUCGCGGUGCUGUUCGUGA